AGUUUUCAGUUAAUCAAUUUGGUUGUUUUGGUAGCAACGAUAAAUGGAGUGUAUUCCGAUGUGACAAUAGAUUUUAAUAACCCUUUACCAGCCGUCGAAAAGGGAAUAACUUACCCAAUCACUAAAACUGUAUACGAAUUCCGCAUAGCUGUAGUCAGUGACUUGGAGACGGAUUCAAAGGUUCCCGGAGGGAAUAAUGCAUGGUACACUUAUUAUAAAAAGGGAUACCUGACCUACGAUCCCAAUUCUGAAGAAGUGUCGGUGAGAUGGGACAGUGGCGAGGAAAGAGGUGACCAGUAUUAUACUAAUGACGCAAAUGAAAAAGGCCGAGGUUUUGAGCUUUCAGAAAUUACAACUUUUGAUGGUCAUCUGAUCGCUGCCGAUGAUCAAACAGGGAUACUUUAUGUAUAUGAAAAAGGAAUAUUUAAGUCGUGGUUGGCUGUUCCGAUCAGUAAAGAAAAUAGCGGUAACACAUUUUUUUUUUUUUUUGCAUAAUAUAACCUAUAACUAAGAAAUAAUAUAUAUAUAAACAUAUAUUGUUCAAUGUUCAUAGUACUUACAUAGUAUACUAUAUAAAACUAUUGAACCUAAACAUUAUUUUUAAGACUGACGUUUAUAAUUUAUUACAUUGAUCAUGAUAUGAUUAUUUAUGUAGUAUUAAAGUAUGUUUUUAGAUGAUAGUAACUCGUCAAUAUGUAAAUAUUCAUAAAAUUGUAUUUCAUUUGAUAUGCAGACGCUGAUUCCCCCGACCAUCAUCCAGGUGAAGUGAUAAAAGAAAUCAAUGCUAACGGUGACCAACCCAAGAGAACCGUAGGUAAGAAUAACAAUUUAAUAUUAAUUAUUUACGGCGGUUCUUAUAGUAAACAUUUGUGUUUGACGGCGAUAUGCUUUUAAGUUUUUAUACUGUCAACGAUUGCUGCUGAACAUAAUUUUGUUUUCGUUAUUGUUAUGCUUCAGUCGAAAAAAAUAAGUUUUUUUGAUAAGUUUAAACAUUUAAUUUCGACCUUAGUUUCUCACUUAAACGGCUGAAUAUUUAAUUUGAGUGCUUAAUGCAGACAUUGUUUUUCCAUUUGACGUAUUCAGGUAUUGAAUCAAUAUUAAAAGUACAUUUUGAUAUUCGUAUCUUAAAUAAUGAUUACGAACCUUAUAUUUAGCACAAUAUAAUCUACUAUCGCGUUCUAGUAUGCGAUAGAUGUGUAUUGGCAAUAGAAUAGUGAAACACCUACUGCUUUAUGUCAACACGCACGAAUAGUGCUCGAAUCGGGGGUACAAUAAGUGCAUCUGUUUUAAAUUUUACAAAGUAAAUUAUCAUCAUUAUUAUUUAUUCUGUAUUCCAUUUUUUUCUCCAUGUGAUAACAAAAUAGAUAUUAGUAAUUUAACUUCUAGCUAAAUAUUAUCUUUAUCUUACAAAAUUAAGAAACAAUUUUGUAAAAAAUAUAUUUAUGUAAAUAAAUACCUCCGUUUAUAAUUUAAUAAUUUUAAAUACCUACAUCAUAACAAAUAAAUUAAUAUGUAAUCAAAUGCUUGUAGUCUGAGUACUCAUUGCUUUUCUUUUGUUUUUUUGACUCGAGCAUUGUAUUGCUAUACGAUUAUAUAUUUUAGUUAGAAAUUACCUUUAUUUCGGUGUUGCAAAUUAUGAUAUUACAUUAAUAUACUAAUAAUAACAUAUUUUUUUUGUAAAGUGAUGCCAAUAGAAUGGGCCACGGUUAAGGACGAUCAUCUGUACGUGGGGCCAAAUGGCCGAGACGGAUUAAAUUUUGUGGCCAAAAUAAAUAAAGACAGACAAAUAGAAUUCAUCGAUUGGGAAAAAAAUUUCAAAGCACUCAAGUCAGUUGUUGGAGUAGAAAGUGGGUACAUGGUCCACGAAUCGUGCGUCUAUAGUGAUGUACAUAAAAAGUUUUACUUAUUGCCAAAAAGAGCAUCAGAAAAAGCCUUCAAUGAGGAAACAGACAAUGAAAAUAACUCAAACUGGCUUUUAUCUCUAACAGAUGAAAAUGGUGAUAAGCCGACGGUCAAGGUAAAUACAAUAUAAUAAUAUUAUUAUAUUAUAAUAUAUUAUUUUUCAAAUGUACAAACCGAUUUGAAAAAUAAUAUCGUAUAUGAAUAAUUUUUAGAUAAUAAAUAAUAACCAGAUGAUUUAUAUUUCUAAACAUAUCUAUGUCUAAUAAUGACUAAUUUUCAAUAAUCUCUCCUAUUGAAAUUGAUUAUCUACGGGACCGUCCUAUCGUGAACGAGGGGUCCGCCAGUAACGGCAGUCUUCAGCACAAGGACUGUGGAUAGCCGAAGUCACGGUCCGCACUGCCAUCGAAUCAAUGGUCCUCACGACUGCCAAACGGAGAAACCCCCCCCCGACGCGCUUCUUCGAGCGACCAUCCCGUGCCGCUGGUCCGGUUCCGACCUCUCCGAUCCCGGAUUGCCUAUUUUGUAUCAAACGUCGCAACAACUACCCAUAACUGUUUCGACGUCUCGUCUCCGCAAGCCCGGUACCCCCCUGCCUCUGCCCGCUUUUUCAAAACCCGGCCUAUGUGGUUUACGAUAAAUUUAAGCCCCCGUACUUAUGGUACGCAUAUAUACACGCCAUAAAACCGCGUAUAUUAUUCAUUCACGAAACGGUAAGCACACUAAAUGGCACCGUCUCAACUUCAAAGUUCAAGUACUUUUGUCAAGUCGUAACUGCGCCUUUUUCUAAACCAGUCCUAGUAGCGCACUAUCAGCAACACACCAAAACAAAAAUUUUUGUUUUUCGGUGAACACGGAAGUGGAUUGCAAGGUGGCGAGUAAACGAAGGGAGGAGCUCCUUGAUCGCCACUUUAAAUCGCUCACGAUACAUAGUAUCCAUACGUUCAACAGUGUAUUAUGUUAUCUAAAAUGUGUUGUAUUCUCUUAUUUUAGAAAGAAGCUGUAAUCGUUCAACAUCCGGAUUACUCCGAUCGGGCCUAUACUAGUUUUAGGUUUAUUCCCAAUAGCAAUGACAAUCUUAUUGUUGCAUUACAAUCCUCAGAUAAACUCAACGCCACGUACAUUACGGUAUUCACCAUCGACGGAAAAUCGAUAUUAAAUUCAACCAAAGUGUCCGAUAUACAGUAUGAAGGGUUGGAAUUUAUAUAA